CUGUAUAAAUAGCACAGGGGGGAGGGAGGAGGGGGCAGAACCACCAUUGCAGAGAUUCCAUCCGCCUCCACAUUAAAUCCCAGCUUUACUCUCGGGAACACUGAGCCGAACCGGAGUUGAUCACCGUAAACCCACAGGAACCUCAGCUCAGCCGCUAACGGAUUGUUCCCACUCACAGUACAAUCCCUUCUCCAUUCCGGUGAAAGAUGUCGGCCAAAGGCAAGGGAGCAAGGCCUGGAUACAGAGGUUCCAUUAAAGCGUUCCCGAAUUUUGACGCCAAUCAGGAUGCGGAGAAUUUGUAUCAAGCGAUGAAAGGAUUUGGCAGUGACAAGGAGGCCAUCUUGGAGCUGUUGACAUCCAGGUCCAACAACCAACGCCAGAAGAUCCUCAUCAGCUACAAGACGCUCUUCGGGAGGGACCUGAUUGAUGACCUGAAGUACGAGCUGACGGGGAAGUUCGAGCGGCUGAUCGUGGGGCUGAUGAAGCCGCCGGCCGUGUACGACGCCAAAGAGCUGAGAGACGCCAUUGAGGGGAUGGGGACGGAUGAGAAGUGCCUGAUUGAGAUCCUGGCAUCCAGGACCAACAGCCAAAUACACCAGCUGGUCUCCGCCUACAACGAGGUAUAUGAGUCGGAUCUGGAGGCUGACAUUGUUGCUGAUACCGCGCAACAUUUCAAGAAGAUGUGUGUUGUUCUGCUUCAGGGGACCCGUGAGGAAGACGAUGUGGUCAGUGAGCACCAGGUGGCAGAAGAUGCAAAGGAGCUGUUCGAGGCGGGGGAGGAGCAGUGGGGCACAGAGGAGAGCACCUUCAUCACCAUCCUUGGCAACCGCAGCAAACAGCACCUCCAGCUCGUGUUUGAUGAGUACAGUCAGAUUGCUGGGAAGGACAUUGAGGAGAGUCUGUGUGGGGAGCUGUCCGGGGACUUCGAGAAGCUGAUGCUGGCGGUGGUGAGGUGUGUACGGAACACUCCGGAAUAUUUUGCCAAAAGACUGUACAAAGCGAUGCAGGGAAUGGGGACCUGUGACAACACGCUGAUCCGUAUCAUGGUGUCGCGGAGUGAGCUGGACAUGCUGGAUAUCCGGGAGGAAUUUCGCAACAAGUACGAGGAGUCUCUGUACCAGACCAUCCGGGGUGACACCUCCGGUGUGUACAAGAGAGCCCUUCUCAGGCUGUGCGGGGGCGAUGACAAUGUCGCUGGUGAGUUCUUCCCGGAAGCAGCACAGUUCGCCUAUCAGACAUGGGAGCUCAGCGCCUCCAUGCAAGUGCAGAUGAAGGGGACGGUACGAGACGCUGUGGGUUUCCAGCCUGAAGUGGACGUCAAGGCUCUUCGCAAAGCCAUGAAGGGGUUCGGCACAGAUGAAGACACCAUUAUUGACAUCGUGACGCGGAGGAGCAAUGCCCAGCGGCAGCAGCUCAGGCAGCAAUUCAAGUCCCAGCUCGGCCGGGACCUGAUGGCGGACCUGAAAUCUGAGUUGGGCGGAAACUUAGGGCGAGUGAUCCUGGCACUGAUGAUGCCACCAGAGCAGUUUGACGCCAAGCAACUGCGUAAAGCCAUCGAGGGUGUGGGCACUGACGAGCGGGCGUUGAUCGAAAUCCUCACCACGAAAACCAACACGGAGAUAAACCGGCUCAGAGAGGCGUAUACAGAGGGCUAUCACCGAAGCCUGGAGGAGGACAUCGAGUCCGACACGUCCGGUCACUUCCAGCGGCUCUUGGUCUCCCUGGUGCAGGGGAACCGUGAGGAGGGGGACGCUGACCUGACCCGAGCCAUGGAGGACGCAAAGGUGCUGUCUGGAGCUGGUGAUGACGACUCCGAUUCAAUGGAAUCAAAGUUUAUCAGUGUUCUGUGCACCAGGAGCUUCCCCCACCUCAAGAGAGUGUUUCAGGAUUACAUUAAACUAACCAACCGCGACAUCGAGCAAACCAUCAGGAACGACAUCUCCGGGGACCUGAGGAACUCUCUGUACGCCAUCGUCCGUUGUAUUAAGAAUAAACCAGUGUUCUUUGCUGAUCGCUUGUACAAGUCAAUGAAGGGCGCUGGGACGGAUGACAAGACCCUUAUCCGGAUUAUGGUGUCCCGAAGCGAGAUUGAUUUACUGAACAUCCGCAAGGAGUUUAAGGACAUGUUUGACAUCUCGCUCCACGCCUGCAUCGAGGGAGACUGCUCGGGCGACUACUCCCGGGUCCUGCUCACGCUGUGUGGAGGAGACAAACACUCAGGAACGGUAUCUGUCACCAGGUGUGGGCUGUCGGUCGCUGUGUGGAUGAUCCAGGGCUCUGAUGGGACGAGGCCAGUGGGGGCGCUGGGCAAGGCCACCAGCUCCAGUGACAUGCUGCUGAAGCUGGCUCGUACCACCCCUUACUACAAGCGUAACCGCCCCCACAUCUGCUCCUUCUGGGUCAAAGGCGAGUGCAAGAGAGGAGAGGAGUGUCCCUACAGACACGAGAAGCCCACGGACCCUGACGACCCUCUGGCUGACCAGAACAUUAAGGACCGUUAUUACGGCAUCAAUGACCCGGUGGCUGACAAGCUGCUGAAGCGAGCGGCCACCAUGCCCGGCUGGACCCCCCGAGGACAGGAGCAUCACCACCCUGUAUGUGGGGGGGCUCGGAGAGCAGAUUUGAAUCACUUUUACCAGUUUGGGGAGGUCCGGUCGAUCACGGUGGUGCAGAGACAGCAAUGUGCCUUUAUACAGUUUGCCAGUAGACAGGCCGCAGAGCUCGCUGCUGAGAAAUCCUUCAACAAACUCAUCAUCAACGGCCGCCGGCUCAACGUCACAGGCCGCGCGGGGGAAGGAGAAGGACGGGAGCCCGGAGUCGGGAUGAAGCUGGAGCCGGUGCCGGGGCUGCCAGGAGUCCUGCCGCCCCCCGUCUCAGUGGAGGAGGAAACUCCCCCCAACUUCUUCAACCUGCCGCCCAGCGCCCCGGCCACGGUGAUGAACAUCUCGUUACCCCCUCCACCACCCGGGUUCGGGCCCACAGUCUUCCACUCUAUGCCUCCGCCACCUCCACCUUUCCUCCGGGCCCCGGGCCCCAUCCACUACCCCUCCCAGGACCCCCAGCGCAUGGGAGCUCACACGAACAAGCCCAACAACGUGUCAGGGUUGGAAGGCGGACUGCGCAAACACUGCCGAACUCACCGCCUGCCCUGGGGCUGCGUUCACAGGGGCCGGGAAGCGGGAAAGAUCCUCUCCCUCUCCACAGCCGAUUGGAGUUUGGAAAAAGUCACAGAUUGUUCCCACUCACAGUACAAUCCCUUCUCCAUUCCGGUGAAAGAUGUCGGCCAAAGGCAAGGCAGUGACAAGGAGGCCAUCUUGGAGCUGUUGACAUCCAGGUCCAACAACCAACGCCAGAAGAUCCUCAUCAGCUACAAGACGCUCUUCGGGAGGGACCUGAUUGAUGACCUGAAGUACGAGCUGACGGGGAAGUUCGAGCGGCUGAUCGUGGGGCUGAUGAAGCCGCCGGCCGUGUACGACGCCAAAGAGCUGAGAGACGCCAUUGAGGGGAUGGGGACGGAUGAGAAGUGCCUGAUUGAGAUCCUGGCAUCCAGGACCAACAGCCAAAUACACCAGCUGGUCUCCGCCUACAACGAGGGGACCCGUGAGGAAGACGAUGUGGUCAGUGAGCACCAGGUGGCAGAAGAUGCAAAGGAGCUGUUCGAGGCGGGGGAGGAGCAGUGGGGCACAGAGGAGAGCACCUUCAUCACCAUCCUUGGCAACCGCAGUAAACAGCACCUCCAGCUCGUGUUUGAUGAGUACAGUCAGAUUGCUGGGAAGGACAUUGAGGAGAGUCUGUGUGGGGAGCUGUCCGGGGACUUCGAGAAGCUGAUGCUGGCGGUGGUGAGGUGUGUACGGAACACUCCGGAAUAUUUUGCCAAAAGACUGAACAAAGCGAUGCAGGGAAUGGGGACCUGUGACAACACGCUGAUCCGUAUCAUGGUGUCGCGGAGUGAGCUGGACAUGCUGGAUAUCCGGGAGGAAUUUCGCAACAAGUACGAGGAGUCUCUGUACCAGACCAUCCGGGGUGACACCUCCGGUGUGUACAAGAGAGCCCUUCUCAGGCUGUGCGGGGGCGAUGACAAUGUCGCUGGUGAGUUCUUCCCGGAAGCAGCACAGUUCGCCUAUCAGACAUGGGAGCUCAGCGCCUCCAUGCAAGUGCAGAUGAAGGGGACGGUACGAGACGCUGUGGGUUUCCAGCCUGAAGUGGACGUCAAGGCUCUUCGCAAAGCCAUGAAGGGGUUCGCCACUGUUUCAGGCACAGAUGAAGACACCAUUAUUGACAUUGUGACGCGGAGGAGCAAUGCCCAGCGGCAGCAGCUCAGGCAGCAGUUCAAGUCCCAGCUCGGCCGGGACCUGAUGGCGGACCUGAAAUCUGAGUUGGGCGGAAACUUAGGGCGAGUGAUCCUGGCACUGAUGAUGCCACAGAAGUUUGACGCCAAGCAACUGCGUAAAGCCAUCGAGGGUGUGGGCACUGACGAGCGGGCGUUGAUCGAAAUCCUCACCACGAAAACCAACACGGAGAUAAACCGGCUCAGAGAGGCGUAUACAGAGGGCUAUCACCGAAGCCUGGAGGAGGACAUCGAGUCCGACACGUCCGGUCACUUCCAGCGGCUCUUGGUCUCCCUGGUGCAGGGGAACCGUGAGGAGGGGGACGCUGACCUGACCCGAGCCAUGGAGGACGCAAAGGUGCUGUCUGGAGCUGGUGAUGACGACUCCGAUUCAAUGGAAUCAAAGUUUAUCAGUGUUCUGUGCACCAGGAGCUUCCCCCACCUCAAGAGAGUGUUUCAGGAUUACAUUAAACUAACCAACCGCGACAUCGAGCAAACCAUCAGGAACGACAUCUCCGGGGACCUGAGGAACUCUCUGUACGCCAUCGUCCGUUGUAUUAAGAAUAAACCAGUGUUCUUUGCUGAUCGCUUGUACAAGUCAAUGAAGGGCGCUGGGACGGAUGACAAGACCCUUAUCCGGAUUAUGGUGUCCCGAAGCGAGAUUGAUUUACUGAACAUCCGCAAGGAGUUUAAGGACAUGUUUGACAUCUCGCUCCACGCCUGCAUCGAGGGAGACUGCUCGGGCGACUACUCCCGGGUCCUGCUCACGCUGUGUGGAGGCGAAGACUAGAAGGUCCCGGAACACUGUGCCGUCAACGUGUUCCCCAAGUUUGAAACCGUCCCCCAGUGUGUCACUGCGCUAACCAGUCCCGGUCACUGUGUCCCCAUUAACCAGUCCCGGUCACUGUGUCCCCAUUUA